AUGCCUGGCGCGGAGAAAAAAACGAGAAAAGAGAAAGCCGCGGUUGCCGCCAAGGGCCGGGCCGCGCCUGGCGUCAACAAGUACAUGCCCGACCAGAGCCGCAACGCUCACGCCAGCAUCGCUGCAUCCUCGGGUGCGCAGAAGCUACUCAAGCGGGCGGCGCUGCUUCAGACGCUGCUGGCGCGCAAAGAGAGCGCGGAGACGCGCAUUCGGCUGGCGGAGAUUUGGAUCGAGCUCAAUCAGAGCAAGUAUCACGGCGCGGCAAGGGAGACGCUCGAGACGUGUCUGAAGCUUGACCCGGGCGAUGCCAUGUGUGCACGGCGCGUGCUCGCCCCGCUGCUGCUCAGCUUUGGCGAGCACGAGGCGGCGGCGGCGCUGCUCGCGCAGUACAGCAACGACACGAGCGCGGUGAUGUUGUGCUGCGGCCUGCUGCUCUCGCUGGCGGAGCACGCCGAGGCGGAGGGCGAGGAGGAGGAGGAGGAAUCGCAAGCGCGGGCCGAUUCGGCGUUCGAGCGGCUGUUUGCGUGCAACUGGCAGGCGUGCGCGCUCCUCGCCGCGACGGCGCGCGGCGAGUCUCCCAUCCCCGAGCAGACGGUGUCCGAGCUGCGGGAGGCACGGAUCGCAAAGCUGGCGUCGGCCGGCGGCUGGCCGGAGGUGGGCGGCGUGUCGGAGGCGAUCCUGCUGUCCGAAGUCUUCUCCGGGUGCGCGGGCGGGGCCGGCGAGGAGGAGGAGGCGGAGGGGACGUCCGAGGACGCGUGGCCCGGGCUGGAGGGGGCGGCGGUCUGGCUGAGCGCGAUGACCCUCGGCAAGGAGGAGAGCGAGGGUGGGAAGGAGGUCGGCGCCGCCUCUUCGUCGUCGUCUGCCCCCAAGCGCGGCCGCGCCGACUUUGAGGCGUGGAGGGAAGCGAAGCGCGCGCGCCUGGCCGAGAAGCUGGCGCGCAUGCCUCCGGGCGGAGCGGUCUCCGAUGAGGAGGGGAGUGACGAGGGGGAGUGA